AUGACCCAACGAGGCUGGCCAGAUGAUGUACGGCAUAUUCUUGCGGAGGCACUGGAGGGACAACCGGCUGCGGUUGAGCUCGCAUUGGUUGUUGCCAACUCACCCAAUCUACGAGAGUUCAUCAUGGACGCCCGUCAUGCGACAUCGCGCUUUGGCGGGUUCCUCGGCGAUGCCCCCAUAUGGCUUUAUCCUAUCAUCCAGGUUGCGCAACGAAAUCUCAUCAAGAGUGUCAACAACCCAUUCUACAACGAGCUCCGGGCUAUCGAUAUAAACAUGCAGAAUGGCGCUUGCUACAGUUCAACUCUCAUGAUCAUGUACUGCAAAGAACUAUCGACAUUUGAGUAUGUGCGGGACUCGAGUAAUGAUUCGUUACGCGGCUUGCCGGAGAUCAUGUCUGGUCUCGAGCAGCAGCAAGACAAGCUACGCAUCCUACGUCUCAACUUUACACAUCGCGACCCACGAGAUGCCCCUGAUCUGACCAACGCGCGCGUCGAUGGGUUCCACCGAUUACAUGCUCUGGAAAAGCUCACCACGUCGUUUCAAAUACUGCUAGGCAGGCCCUCAAUGGAUUAUACCGGUGAGGGAGGCUGGCAGUACCCUCAGCUUCGGGAUGUACUUCCUCGUGGACUACAGCAGUUGUCAUUGGGGAUAAAAUCUACGAUAGUAUCCCACAAAUACCAUGAAGACUAUUAUCGCCUCUUCUCCAGCGCACUCCCUUUGCAAACCCACGGUCUACGUCUCAAGAAGGUAUAUGUAGCGUACUCAGACAGGAAAACGAGCGCCUCUCCGCUGCCAUUCAGUUUCUGGGAUAUCAAGGACUUCUUUGUCGCACACGGAGUCGAGUUUGACUAUUCCAUAUUGAUCCACACCAAGCUAGGAGGUAAGUAA